AUGUUGAUCUUAAGAGAACAAAUGGAUUCUCUAGGGGAGAUACUCGGUCGACUUGUCAAACGUGAAGCUACAAAGGAAGCAAUUGUUAACUGUGAUUACAGAUGCUUUCAGCUUAGAUGUAAGCUAUGCGACUGGGAAGGCUCAAGUCUCGUAGAAGCCGAAACUUUAGUGCGGAACCAUCACGAGGAUGAAGGUGUAGUAACUAUGAAGUCUUUGAAAGACAACAAAAGACGUCCUAAUCGCAAGCGCAAACUGGUCAAGAGGUUUAGCAAUCUUCCAAACUCCACAAGUUCCGACGAGGCUUCUGACAAUGAUGAUGAUGAUGAUGAUCAAAGUGGACCAUUCUCUUUUGUUAGAACUCCUGGUUGCCGAUAUUUGAAGCCAAGGUCAUUGCUAGAAGAGUGUUCCACACUUUCCAGUCUCCAUCCUUCCCGCUCACCUUAUUCCUGCUAUACAUUAGCAACAAUUCCACGACUGUGUCAUACAAAGCAUCUUACCUAUACCGGCUAUAUAAGGCGUCGCCUUGGUCGUGGCGGUCGAAUAAUAUGUGAUCGCGUUGCAGCCCCCUCGCCACUUUCUGCUUAUCUCCAGUCCUAUGAUGCGGAUUUGAGAUCUAGUGGUUCAGCUAGUCCAAGUCUUAUACCCUCAAACUUUUGCUGGCGACAGUCACAAACAAAAGAUGUUGCUUUGUUUAAUAGACUAAAGACUUCUAUUUUCAGUUCGCAUCGUGAGCGUCCUUCAUUCUCCUGGCCUGUUUCUGAAACUAUCUUCCCACCAAUACCCUUCGAACCUAUACUUAUUGAAUCUAAAGGUUCCACGGAUCAUCGUUCCUCUCCCAUUUUCUACUCGAAGACGGAUUGUCCAACAACUUCGAGGAAGCAUCCGGAUGAUGUGACCAUAGAUGAAGUUGCUCUGGACGCGGGACGUGAGUUAAAUGAUGUUCCGAAUGACGGUUUGUUGAUUCAGGAAAAACAUUCUCCCUUGCACCCUCAGAACGAUCUAAUGCCAAAGAAAUCAGUUAAUGUAUCGUCCGCGGUUAUGAUUCCCAUCACGAAUCCAAAUAUGUGUCAAACCUCCCAGGCCAUAUUGGUGCCGAAGCCUAGCAAUAGUUUGGUAUCAACUCAUCGCCUGUGGCGAAAGCUGGCAAGGCCAUACGGUGUUACACUUCAGCCUUCUGAGUUUCCCAGGUCCCAUAGUGUUGAUGUUUCUUUCAGUAAUUCUAAUGGUAACGGCCUUUCUUCGACGGACAAUAAAAUGUUGCUGACCGAUCCUUCAGUCUUGCCACCACCUAAAGUACGCUGUUUAACUCGUGACUGUGGGUCUAGGGAUUCAAAAGUUCCUGGUCCUCAGCUGCAUGUUACGAAUGGAGUGAGCCCAACACAGAUUUUUCAGCUUCCAACUUAA